GGGAGGGUCCAGCGCCGACUCUGGAAGUGCGCGCGGAGUUCCGAGAGUUAAUGUUGGCCCGGUGUUUCCUUCUCCUGCCCAGAUGCGCGAGGGGCGCGUGCUCCCGAACGUGAUCACGUACAACGCGACCAUAGGCGCGUGCGAGAAGAGCAACCGGUGGCAGCAGGCCCUUCGGCUGUUCGACCAGAUGCAGCGCGAGCGGGUGCAGCAGGACGUGAUCACCUACAAUUCCCUCGUCAGCGCCUGCAGCAAGAGCAGGCAGUGGGCGAAGGCCCUGUCGCUCCUGCGGCGGCUGCGCGAGGAGCGACUGCGGCCGAACGUGGUGACCUUUAGCACCGUCAUCAAGGCGCUAACGCGGGGCGGCGAGUGGGCGACGGCCCUGGACCUGUUCGCGGUGAUGCAGGACUUCGGCAUCUCCCCGGACGUGGUCAGCUACAACAUCGCCCUGGCCGCCUGUGGCGAAGGCGAGCAGUGGCAGACGAUGAACGGCCUGGUGCAGGAGAUGGCCUGGCGGCGCAUCCGCCCCGACCAGGUCACCUACAGCACGGCCAUCGGCGCAGCCGGCCGGAGCCGGCAGUGCGACCUGGCCGUGGACUUGUUCCACCAGAUGCAGCGGGAGAACAUCUGGCCCGACGUGAUCACGUGCAACGCGGUGUUGUCGGCGUACGGCAAGACUAAGCAGUUGGACAGCGUCAUGUCCCUCGUGCGCGAGAUGCGGCAGAACGGCAUCCACCCCGACCGGCAGACGUACACGGCCGCCAUCCAGGCCAGCGAAAAGGUCGGGCGUUGGACGGUGGCGCUGGAGCUGUUCCACCAGAUGCGCGCCGACGCCAUCUCCCCCGACUCCAUCGCCUACAGCUCCGCCAUCAGCGCCUGUGGCAAGGGCAACGGCAAUUCCCGCUACACGCUGGAAUUUUUGAGGCAGAUGCAGGAGGAAGGCCUGCAGCCGAACCUUGUCACCUGCAGCGCUGCCAUCAGCGCGUUCGCGAAGAGCAAGCAGUGGGAGCCCGCCCUGGAGAUUUUUAACAAGAUGCGCAGCAGCGGGAUGAAGCUGGAUGUCAUCGCCUACAACGCGGCGCUGAACGCUUGCGCCAAGGGGGGGAAGUGGAAGGCCACGCUGCAGGUUCUGGACCAGAUGUUGGACGCCCGGGUUCCCCCCGACGUGGUCACGUACGGCUCCGCGCUCGCGGCCUGCGAGAGCUGCAGCAAGUGGGAGCUGGCGCUCUCGCUGGUCCAGCAGAUGAGGGCCGGGAGCGUGACCCCGAACGCCGUUGCCUACAACUCCGCCAUCGCCGCGGCGAACAACACGAGCAGUGGGAGGUGGCCGCCGCCCUGUCUCGCAGCAUGCUCGCCGACCCUGGCGCGGGGCGGCCCCCGCCGGCGGCCGCCGCCUCGCGAGGCGCGGCGCCCGAGGCGCUGGCGGGCGGCCCGCAGGCGG